AUGGCUUCUCCAUCCUCGACCGAUGCCCUUGGCCUGCUUAGCGCCGCCCUCUCGGCCAGGACACCCGACGCAGAGUCCAAGGCGCUCUCGGAGCUCUACUCGGUCCUCAAGUCGCAGCCAGGAAACAUACCCAUCCUUUUGCCCAGCCUAGUCGGCCUCCUCUCGCGCGCCGGACCCUCUCUCAAGAGCUGGAUCGCCGAAGUCAUCGACCUCACCUUCUGCCGACCCAUCCUCUCGCCCGACGCAAAGCAUGCGCUCUCGGUCCACCUCCCCGAAGCGCUCCUCACGCUCCUCCGCGAGGGAGACCGAAAGCUCUCCAAGAUCGCCGUACAGACCUUUGCCAGCGCCUACCCCUCCCUCUUCCGCAUCGCAUGCCAGGACCGCUCCAAACAGGCGCUCUGGAAGUCGACCGAGGCUGUGCGCGCCCAGGUCGUCCGACUGUUUGACAGCGGCAGCCCGGGCGUGCGCAUCGCCGCCAUCAAGUGCUUCCAGCGCAUCAUUCAGGUCCAUAGCCGCGGCGCAGGCGAUCCGCGCGCCUCGCAGGCCAAGGCCGACGCCAACCUGUCGCUGGUGCCUCCGUGGCACGCCUACAUCAGCGUCGGCCAGCUCGAGGAGGAGGGCAACCGCCUGCUCAAGCAGAUCGUCACCCUCGUCUUUACCAGCUCGUCGCCGGACCUGGUGAUGGCCACCCUCAACGCCAUGGCGGCGCUCGCAAAGACCCGGCCGCAGCUGUCCAACAUCGUGCUCGAGGCGCUCGCCAGCUGGACGCCCGCGGCACUCGCAUCGCUCUCGCACACCCAGGUACGCAACGUCGAAAAGACGGUCAGGAUCCUCUACUUUCACUUCCUCCGCAACAACCUCGCCGGAGCCCACUCGGCCGCCCUGCAAAAGGCGCUGCAGACGCAGAAGAAGAGGAUGGAGGAUGCCGCUCGCGAGUACAUUGAGCGCAAGGAGGCCGAGGCCAAGCGGAAGCGCGACACAAUCGCCGACGAGCUCAACCAGUCAAAGCGGAUCAAGACCGAGCUCGGCGCCAGCUUCGCCCAGCCCGGCAGCGUUCAGGCCGUGGGCGGCGCAGAGGCGUUCCGCGACGCCUCGGUCCGGGGCAAUGGCGAUGCGACGGCCAACCCGCUGGCCUCGUUCGACGUCACGACGCUGCCCGUGCCUCUCGUCGUCGAGCUCAUCAUCGCUCAGAUGCAGGCACUGACCGAUGUCGACCUGCAGGCAGCAAUCGCCCGGAUCCGCGACAAUCUCGGGGCGGGAGGCUUCCCCCAGAUCAACACGGGCCCGGGCCCAGCCCCAGGUCCACCACCACCUCCCCCACCACAGCAGCAGCAGCAGCAGCAGCAGCAGCAUCCACGACCGCCGGGCGCUCCGCCACCGCCGCCACCGUCGCACAUGUUCGGGACAGCUCCGCAGCCGACGCAGAUCAAGACCGAGACGGGCCUGGCCUCCGAUGUGGGUCCGGGCCUGGACCAGCAGGACGAGGCAGAGGAGGAAGCGGUUGUGCAGGAUCCGCUGAAGAUGGACGUCGGCGAGGACGAGGAGCUGGCCGACCUAGUGUCGCCGCCGCGGUCACCGGAGGCAGAAGCGCAAGACGAGCAGGACAUCGACGACAUGGCGCUGGUGGCACUCGACAACUUUGUGCUUGCGCCGCCAGAGUACCUGACGCCGCAGGAGUCUGACCUGCUGAUCAAGGAUGCCGUGGCCAAGAUCCGCGACAUCGGCCACGAAGCCUCGCUGGCGGGCGUCGUAGCAAAGGCGGAUGGCGGCGGCGCCGGUCGCGGCACCGAGAUGCAGAAUGCGCUGUGGGCCACGCUGAUUGUGAGGCUGGCCACUCGCGGCCUGGCGGAGCAGACGUCCGAAGGCGCGGACGCCGAGGCGAGCCCGUCGGGUUCAGAGCAGCGCCAGCUCGACCUGUCUGGCAAGACGCUCACCUCGCACGCCGACGCCAUCCGCGCCAUGAUGCUCGACUUCAUCCAUGGCGACUUUGCAAACCGCGUCGGGUUCGCCAUCUCGUGGUUGGCCGAAGAGUGGCACUGCGACCGGAUCCGACGGCGCCGGGGCCAGCCGGAGCAAUAUUCGCGCUGGUUGGAGCGCAUCAUGGACGUUUGGGUGCCUCAGAUCGACGGCAAGGACCGGUCGCUGGCGGCGUUCCUAUCGGACCUGCCAGAGAUUCCGCGCUCGGUGAUCGACAAGGUGGCCAAGCUGUGCCGGGACAAGAACCGGAUGGCGACCGGCAUGUCGACCUUGCAAGACAUCUGGCUGACGCGGCCCCCGGUGCGCAAAGAGGCGGGCGACCGGCUGCUGCAGAUGACCCGCUCGCCCGACAAGACGAUGCGGGCGCGCGCCAUCAUCUCGGCCAAGCAGAGCUCCGGCCAAAGCGUGGCGCUCGAAGCCGCCGUCCUCGCAUUCGCACGAGACUCUCUCGACGUGCUGAAGGCGGCGCCGCCGCCCACGGCGCCAGGGUCGGACUCGGCGACAGGCGACAAGGCCAACGACGCCCAGAACGGUGUCGACGCUACCGCACCGACGGUGCAGGAAGCAGGCAAAGGAACAGGGCCCGAAAAGGACGGCGAGAAAGAGGGGCCGGCGGCGGACGACGAGGAGGCGGCCGCGCCCGGUUAUCCCCAGGACGGCGACGACGUGCUACGCUUCGUCGAGCUGCCGCUGUCGUUGUGCACCAAGGUGCCCGACAUGCUGGACGAGAUCUUUGCAGCGUACCCCAAGAUGCCGAUGUUUAUCCAGGUGGCCAUCCACAAGCACAUUGUCAACCUGAUCCGGGCGCUCGGCCCCAACAAUGCGCGGCUGCUGACGCUGCUGCGCAACUUUCCGGAGGGCGCCGAUUCGCUGGCGCUGUGCAUCUUCAAAAUUCUCACCGAAAAGAGCCGGACACCGGCGCUCGUGUCGCUGGUCAAGGAGCUGGUCGACGAGCGCGACGUAGACCCGCGCUUCCUCGUGCCCAUCAUGCCCGACCUGGACAAAAACGAGAUCAUGAAGAAGCUGCCAAAGGUGGUCACGAUCCUGUCGAGCAAGGCGCCCGAGGACCGCGCGCUGGUCAAGUCGGUGUUCCAGUCGAUUGUCACGACGCCGCCCCAGGGCUUUGGCAGCGUUUCAACCAACCUGCCGCGCGUGCGGCAGACGGAGCUGCUGACGCCCGUCGAGCUCAUGGGCCUGUUGCACCGCUCCGAAAAGGAAAUCGGGCUCAAGAACACGGGUGCCGCCAUCCAGAUCUGCUUCUCGAUGACCGACGUCUUCCGCAGCGAGGUGCUCGGCGCCGUGCUCAACCAGAUCCUCGAGGAGCCCACCCUGCCCGUCAUCUUUAUGCGCACCGUCAUCCUGGCCGUGUCGACGUACAAGUCGCUGAGCGGCUACGUGAGCAAGAAUCUCCUCUCGCGGCUGAUUACAAAGAAGAUCUGGCAGAACCCGCCGCUGUGGGACGGCUUCAUCAUCUGCGCCAAGCUGACGGCGCCGUCGAGCUUCGGCGCGCUGAUCCAGCUGCCAAAGGAGCAGCUGCGCGAGGUCGUGGGGCGGCAGCCGGAGCUCAAGACGGGCCUCAAAGAGUACCUCACCAAAAAGGCCGGCGGCAACCGCGCCAGGCUGACGGCCUUUAUGGAUCUGCUCGGCGGCGACGAUGCCCCCACAGCAGCAGCAGCAGCAGCAGCAGAGGGGGGUGCCGCCACGGCGGCGACGCCAGAGGCCGCCGCGACAACUUCCAAUGCCAGCCCGAGCGCCGCGGCGACCCCGACGCCGACACCGGCGCCGGCGGCUGCCAACGAAGGCUCUGCGCCACCACCACCGCCGUCGCCGGCAGUGCCGUCGACGACUUUCGAGGCGUAA